AUGGACGAAGAGCAAUCCCCCUUGAUGCGGAUCCCCGCCGAAAUCCGCAUCAUGAUUUACGAAUACCUCCUUGACGACGCUGGCGAAAGAAGACUCGCCGUCCGCAAUAAGGCAAUGCAUCAGCUGCACAACGGCGCCCUGAGCACCUACCGCCGCACCUCAUACCGCAUCAUCGAGAGGUCCUUUCACAGGCAAUGCUUCUUGACGACGUACGCGCAUCACCACCCGGCUAGCCCCAAGUCUAUAAUGCACCCCGAAAUAAUGGCCGUCAACCGCCGCAUCCACCGUGAGACGAGCCACCUUCUUUACGGCCGCCCGCACGGCUUCGAUUUCGGUAGCGACGUUGAGGCUGUGGUGCCCUUCCUCAAAGACCUGACGCCCUCUUCUCGAUCUGCUAUCCAGGAGCUUACCAUCCGCAAGGACGGGCCUGUGAUGCACUGCAAUAGUGAGAGUGACCGGCUGGACUGGGCUACCAUGUGCGCCUACCUCGGCCGGCUGGAUAAGGCGAUACCUAGGCUGCGUAUCAUCGUGGAGGGCGGAAGACCAACGGCGGCGUGGGAGGGGCCGCAGGUGCUGAGCGUCUCAGAUCUGAGGUUGCUGGCGCUCAUUAAGCACGAUAGCAUGGAGUGGGUCGCUGAGCUGGCCAAGGUCGAGGGGAUUGAGCAGCUGGAGAUUGUGCCGAGGAUACGACAUCUCCCUGCGCCCGGCACGACGGCAACACUGUUGUUUGCUGCAUUUUCAGCGUCAAUUGACACGGCGCUUGUUGAGUAUCUCCAGACGGACUGUGGGCUUCCUGCUACGGCUGUGUCCCUCACAGCUUGA